AUGGUGAAGCAGAUGACCAUUUCUACCGGGACGACAAACUUUACUUACGAUUAUAUAUUUCAAGGUAUGAGACCAAAUCUCGUCGUAGUUGGAUUUGUUAAUGCCACCGCGACCACCGGUGACUACGAACAGAACCCCUGGUUUUUCCAACCAUAUGACAUCACAUCUAUAGGGCUAUACGUUGACGGAAUACCAGUAGGCGGUAACCCUUUAAAACUCAAGUACGGAACGACCGGUGGUCAAACCACCAUUCCCGUUCUGAGGCACAUGCUACAAUCGACGGGGAAAUGGCUCAACGAUACCGGUUCUAACAUAGAGAGGGACGGCAUUGCAGAAAGAUAUGCGCUCUAUACAUUUGAAUUGGAAGCUACCUUCCAAACCAAUCAAUAUCUCACCUUAUUCAAACAUGGAAACGUCAGACUAGAGGUCAUCUUGGGGACAGCACUGACUGCAGCGGUAGCCUCCAUCAUUUAUUGUGAAUAUCCAGGUUACUUCGAAAUCAACGCUGCCAGAGAUAUAGUACUACCAUGA